AAAUUCCACCCUGAGGACUUAUUUCAGACUGGCCUUACGCCCCAGAUCGAAGAGAGGGUAGGUAAUACAAUAUAGAGUCUAAGUGGGGCGUAUAUAGCUCAGUUUCUUGGGAACUGGUUCAGAAACGCGUCAAUCUCGGAAGAAUUUCUCCGCCCAGAGCGGUUUCCUUUCCCAACCGUAGAUCUUUCGCCGAGCCUGGAGAAGUAUGCCCGAGACACCGAGCCGACAUGCAGAAAUCUGGAGAGCUCGCCAGUAUGGACUUGGGAGUUGUGGCCUCCCCCAUCUUUCUUUAGGGCGGUAUUUCGUUUCGCAUAUAUAUGAACCCCACAAGCUUCUUUUUGCCGGUUUGGGGUUUUCUGGGUUUUCGACACAAACCUUUCAAGUCCAUAGUACAUAAUGACAUUCUCCAGGUUGAUCCGCUUCGCCAACAAGGGUGAGACCCACUACGGUGAUGCCGUCUUGACUGACGGUAUUACUGACACAAGAUUGGCAAAGAAGGCCCACAAGAUCACCGGUGACAUCUAUGGUGAGUAUACCAUCGACACCUCAGAGACUUUGGACAUCGAAGAGCUCUUGUGUCCGCUUGCCCCAAAAGACAUUAACACCGUCAGAUUACUUGGUCUUAACUACGCUGCCCACGCUAAAAUGGCUGGUGUUGAAGUUCCAAAGUAUCCAAUCUUAUUCUACAAGCCACGAACCUCUGUUUGUGGCCCUAAUGAUCCAAUUAUUGUUCCGGAAAUUGCACGUACGGAUCCCGAUACCAACGAAAGCGAAGCUGAGUUGGUAAUCGUUAUGGGCAAAUCCGGCAAGAACCUCAGAAAAGAAAGUGCAUUGGAAUAUGUCUUAGGCUACUGCAUUGGUAACGAUGUUUCCCAGCGGACCUGGUCCGGCGAACGAGGUGGUGGGCAAUAUUCCCUUGGUAAGAUGUACGACAACUACGCUCCCAUUGGGCCAGCAAUCGCGGCCCCAGCUGCAUUCGGUAAUCCGGACGACACCAACUUGAAAGCACACGUUAACGACAGCUUGAGACAGGACAGUUCCACUAAAGACAUGGUUUUUGACUGUGCCGAAUUAGUUUCUUUCUUGUCACAGGGAUGUACCUUGUUGCCAGGUGAUUUGAUUUUCACUGGUACCCCAUUGGAGCUCCCAAAAUUUUGUGUUUCCGAUCGUCUGUUUUUGAAGGAGAAUGACAUCGUUACCUUGGAGCUCGAGGGUGUUGGUACUAUUGCCAACAAGGUUGUGUAUGAAUACAAUGCCAAAUAGGCCGUUGUUCCUCUUUUCGACCGCGUGAUCAGUGUGUAAAUUUUGAAAUAGACUUGGACGUGCAUAUAUGUUUUUAU